AUGAAAUUAUUAAAUUAGACAACAAGACAUUAUCAGAUCAACUAGAACAAUUUAUUGUUGAAGUAAGAAAAUCGAAUGGCCAAGAGUAUAAAGCAACAUCGUUUUAUACUGGAUUUUGUGCUUUAGCUCGAGGAAUUUCUGAAAUGUUUGAAAAGACACGGGUUAUUAACUUGUUUGAUAAACAUCAAUUCAAAAGUUUACAUAGAACACUCGAUGACUGUAUGAAAUCGCUUGUCAAUGAUGGUGAUAAAAAUCAUGCAAAAUGGUUAAAAGCAUCUUGGCUUAAAGAACUUGAUGAUGAUGACAUGCAGCUUGAAUUAUCCAAAGAAAAGAACCAUGCAGAGGGGAUCAAAGAUCCAUAUGCUGAAUCUGGAAAAAGUUUAAUACCACCUGAUAUUCUAGGAAAUGCUUAUACACCA